UGGGUGGCCGUAGCGACCCGGGACCGGCUCCGGGAUGGGGAGUGAAGUCCCCGGAGCCGCGGCGGCGGCGGUGGCGGCGGCGGCGGCGCCUUGAGGAGCAGCCACGGGGAGGCAGCUGCCGCUCGUCGGUGAGUAACUGGGAAGCGCCACCAUGACGUUUCGUAAGAAGGGCUCCAAGAACCCCCCAGUCCUGAGCCAGGAAUUCAUCCUGCAGAAUCAUGCGGACCUUGUCGCCUGUGUGGGGAUGUUCUUCGUGCUGGGGCUCAUGUUCGAGGGAACAGCAGAAGUGUCGAUCGUUUUUAUUACUCUCCAGCACGGUGUUACCUUCCCUGCCGAAGAAGCAGAAGAAAAAGCCACAGCACCUAAGUUCCUUUAUCAUUAUGGUGCCAAAGAUUUGGCCACAGUGUUCUUCUACAUGCUGGUGGCAAUCAUCAUUCACGCCACUAUUCAAGAGUAUGUCUUGGAUAGAAUUAACAGGCGAAUGCAGUUCCCCAAACCGAAACAAAGCAAAUUUAACGAAUCUGGUCAGUUUAGUGUAUUCUUCCUUGUCUCUUGUAUUUGGGGCACAUUCAUUCUACACUCUGAAAACUGCCUGUCAGACCUGUCUGUCUUAUGGAGGGCUCAUCCCAAUAACAUGAUGACAUUUCAGAUGAAGUUUUUCUAUAUCUCACAGUUGGCUUACUGGUUUCACGCCUUUCCUGAACUCUACUUCCAGAGAAUCAAACCUCAAGAUCUCUCCCAGCAAGUUGUCUACGUUGGUCUUCACCUCUUUCACAUUGCGGGAGCUUACCUCUUGUACUUGAAUCACCUGGGACUUCUUCUUUUGAUGAUGCAUUAUUUUGUGGAAUUCCUUUCCCACUUUUGCGACCUGUUUUAUUUUAGCGAUGAAAAGUACCAGAAAGAGUUUUCUCUGUGGGCCAUUGUGUUUAUUUUGGGUCGACUCGUGACUUUAAUUGUUUCUGUGAUCACUGUUGGUUUUCACCUGGCUGGAGGGCAGAAUGGGAGUUCGGACGGCACUACCGAAGAUGUGAACGUGUUGGCAGCGAAAAUUGCUGUUCUGUCAUCCAGUUGCACUAUCCAAGCAUACAUAACAUGGAAUUUAUUUAAUGUUCAGCUUCAGAGGUGGAUGGAAGAAGAUGCUCCUCUUCAGGCCCCAAGUGUGAAGAAGAAACGGACUAAGGGCAGGUUUUCUAGAAAAGGAACAGAAAACGGUGUGGCAACUUCAAAUAGAGUAGACUCUCCCCAUAUGAGGAAAGAAAAAUCUUCAUAAUGAAUUGCAAGUUAAUUGACUAAUGUCUCAAAAGAAGUCUGCUCUUUGCUAUAAGAUACCUUUCUUCGCUGGAGACUUUUCUGUUCUUGAAAAUAGUCUGUGCUGUCCUUGAUUUCUGCUACUGUAGUGUGUAAUGUAUGUUUUUAAAAGGCAUUUGAGGGGAGGAUGAUUAUUAUGAGUGGAAAAAUAUUUAGUUUAGACUAAGCUACUCAUCAUCAACAUGGUUUAGGGAUCGCUAUAUUUCCUUUUUUACCUUUGAACAUUUUCCUAAUUUGUAGAGAUAACUCCAAAGCUCCACGUAUCAGUGACACGGUUCUUGCUCCCACCAAUCUUUUGUAACGUUAACAAGAUGGUCUUUUAUAGCAAUGACAUAUUUUUAAUGUUCUCUUCUAGGAUAAAAUAGAAACAUUAUAAAUCUGGAAGUCAAUUUCAUUAAGUUUUCCAUAUUCCCUAAUUCUUAGAAUGUUUUUUUUUUUGAAUUGACAAGUGGAGAAGAGAUUUGUAAAACGAACAAAAUAAUGAUGUAUUUUGUAGGUAGUGGUUGUUAGCGUUACAUACCACUAAAAAAAAACCAAGAUACUAAUGGUUAACAUGUGGAGACUUAUUGCCAUAUAUUGAAUCAAAAUAUCUUGAAUCAACAUUAUUACUAAGAGGAAAGAUCAUACUUGUCUAUUUUAAACACUUGUAAACUAGAAAUCAGAAAAUUAAAGACUGUUAAAAGGAAAUCAGACUUAAAUAACUUUUUUGAUAUGUGUAUUAAAAAUCAUUCUUCAUGAGUAUUUGGUAUCCACAGCAUCUUAGAAGAAUAUUGUUUAACCUGUAAGUCAUUUUGGAAAAUAAUGCUUACUUGAUUUAUAUCUAUAAAAAGAAUGUCAUCUAAUUACAUGUUGAAAACAUUUAAUAUACUAACCUUAAAUAAUGUGAAAAUCAUAUUCUUAUGAAGGCUUUUCAAAAUAAUGUUAUAAAUAUAGCUUUGCUUCCAUCUUUAAUUGGGAAACAUUUAUCUGUAUAAGACAUAUUUUAGAGAUAUAUAUGUGUAUAUAUGUAUAUAUAUGCAUAUAGGUAUGUGUAUAUAUGUACAUAUAUGCAUGUGUAUAUAUGUACAUAUAGGCAUAUAUGUAUCUGUAUAUAUAUAUGUAUAUAUAGGUAUAUGUUGUAUCUUUAGAGAAGCCAAUGGACUGUAGUGGUAUUUAUUAUAUUUAUUUUCUUCUCUCAACCUUUAGUUUGAUUUUAUUUCCAUAAUGUGAGUGCUUAUAUUUUUUUCAGGAGACAGUGCUUUAAAAAUAUGCUAGGAUAAGGCCAUAUAUUUCCUAUUCCUCUCUAUAUUCUCCUACCAUGUCUCUCAUAUCUCUGCUUCUGAUAACCUUCCAUUUGGCUUGUUGUAAGUAAUUCAACUUUCCCAAUCAUGGGGGUCCCUGCAAAUUAAACUAAUACAGGUAUAUUGCACACCAAAGACAGAGGAGCCACGCUUGGCAAAACAUUCUUUUCUAUUCUUUCUGCUUUGAGAGGUACAUAACAAAGCAAGAUUGUUUCUGUUUUGUCUGUAGAAUCCAUCAUCCUACUACUUCUUUUUUUCUCAGUUGCCAAAUACAAUAGUUUUGGUAGCACAUGCUCUAGGUCCAAAGUACAAUAACUUCACUUUAACCAACCACGAUGCAAUUGUAAAACAAAGAUUUUUCAGAGUGGUCUUUUUUCUCACUUCCCUCACUUUUACUUGUUUUUUUUUUUUUUUUUGCAGUACGCGGGCCUCUCACUGUUGUGGCCUCUCCCGUUGUGGAGCACAGGCUCCGGGCGCACAGGCCCAGCGGCCAUGGCUCACGGGCCCAGCCGCUCCGCGGCAUGCGGGAUCCUCCCAGACCGGGGCACGAACCCGUGUCCCCUGCAUCAGCAGGUGGACUCUCAACCACUGCGCCACCAGGGAAGCCCUUCCCUCACUUUUAAAGAAUUCUCCCCUGUUACUUGUAACCUCAUUCCUGGUAACAAAUUUCUUAUCUAUUAUGUACGUAAUUCAUUUUCCAAUAAGUGCAGACCUGAUUCAAACUGGCAAAUGAUUGCAAGAAAAGUAUUUCCUCACAUGACUGGCAAUGCCAAGAGCUAAAUUGUGAUUGACAUUAAACAUGAUUCGGGCCCAGAUCAAUUUCCCUGGGAUUUUCUAGGGCUCUGUUCCUCUCAGAUUGUCUUUUUGGCAGGAAAUGACUACAGAUGUUCAAGGCUUCAUAUCUGCACACUACAUACAUGGUAGAGAGGAAGAGAGGAAAUCUGAUUUCUAGAAUUCCCAAAACACUGAGAGUUACUUUUACUGAAUUUAUUUGGUAUAGGGUUGUAUUGGGCUGGUUGGUUAAAUUAGUUUAUAUGCUUCACCCAUGCAAAAAGGCAAAGCCCCCUUCCUGUAAGAUGUGGGUCAACAAGAAGUAGCAAGGUUGAGGACAAAAGGGGGAAGGAUGCUGGGUACAUCUCAACUAUUCAUAAGAGUUCAAUAAACGUUUCCAGAAAAUGUAUGCCAAGUAAAUUAUGAAAGCAACACUGUAAAUAAAAUUCAGCACAAUACAAAUUGCUAAGUCUCCCCCUUUUAGAAAUUACAUUCAGAAAAACAUGCCAUAAGAAAGGUCAGCGUGACAAUUUGGUUUCUAUCAAAAUGAAUCACAUGGAAACAAAAAUUUCCAUUAUCAUUAUUCAAGGUAUUAUUAAAGCAGGCAUUAGUUAACCCUUUGAAAAGUCAAAUAACCAAUUGAUCACCAAAUGUUGUCAAAGUCAUAAAGAUAUAUCUGAUUAUUGAAUUUGAAGAUAUUUGUCUGAUUUAUUGGCUUCAAUGCUUGCUAAGCUGUAUUCUUUAAGUACAUCUACAGGUAUAGAAUUUCUAGGAUGGAUUUAGAGUGAAUUUUCCUUAAAAAAUUAUUCUGCUAGCAUUUAUUUAAAAGUGUAUCUCAUUUUUUUAAACAAAUAGUAGAAAUGUGUUACUAAACCUACAUGUCUCAUAAGAAACAAGCACGCUAUUUUCCUAGUGAUCAGUAUAAUUCUUCAUUUCAUUUCAGUAAGGAAGGAACAUCCUGCAGAUAUUUCUUCAUUUAUCUUUCAUCAGUAUUUAACUAUCAGUAGAGGAAAUAUGUAUAGCCAACCGUGUGCUGACUUGGAAUAGAUUCUCAAGAAUAUUAGAGUUACAACAUUACUAUUUUAAAGCUAUCUUGAAGACAUAAAAUAUUCUGAUAUCUUUUUAAUUUGGAAAAACCUGGGUAAAGUUUUAAGUUCUCACUCAGUGAGACUAAAUGAGAAUAAUUUAUAUAGAGUAAUAAAAGACAUUACUGAUGCUUUACAUAGGAAAGGAAAUAUUGGUGCAGUUCCUGAGAUGAAAUUCUUGGGGGGAAAUAUCCUUGUGAAUGUGUCAUGCUGGGGGGACUAGGACUUGUGUACUUGAAUCAUGGCAGAGAAUGCAUUCCAGUUGCAAUCACAGACCAUUGUAAUCUGGUGACUUGCCUGUAUGAAGAGGAUAGAUAGUGUGGGUGGGUGAAAGGAAGUAAUUGAGGCUUAAUAACAGAUCAGAUUACCAGAAAGUUAAUACUCCCACUUCCUGAAUUUCUCUGGAAAUGGAGGACUAUUUUUUACUGCCAUCUUUCAAUCUACAUUCUGUAAGAAACUUCCACACUAAAUAAGACAGAGUAGUAUCUGCCAAUUCCCCUCAGUUAUGUAGAAAAAUUAUCAUAAAUCCAUCAUUCAAAAUCCCCUAUAUUUCUAAAUGUUAAAUUAGAAUUGUUCUCAUGAUUAUACAGUCAUAUGACUGUCUAAAUUUUGGCCUCUAAAUCCCGAAAAGCAAAUCCUUUUUAGGCCCUGCACCACCUCUGGCACUUCUAAGUAUUCAAUAAAUGUAGAAAAAGUCAAACAUUAAGAAAGCUGCCUCUGAGGCAAUUCACCUGCUUUGUCCCAUUGUGUUUGGGGCUACUGCACUGCGUCAGCUAAUCUUUUUCAUUGCACAAUUUGAAAAAUACAUUGAUAUAUAAACUGGCCAUUUCAGGGGAUACUUAAAACACUUAGGAAAUGACAGUGAUAUGUGGUUAAAGAUUUGCUUAAAUUUUAACGUGAACAGAAUUAAAUUAACUGCACAGUAAUGAUGUGUACAUCUUCUAUCCAUCAUAAAAGUGAUUAGAGUUGUGUUAAGGGACAUGGCUACUCAAUAAUUCAGGCAACAUACCUAUUUUAAAUAAAGGGAAAGUGACUUUCCUAAAUUAAAAGUAAAAAAUACUGAAUUUCAAUACCAACAGCACUAUUCCCCAAAUCAAAUCAGGUCAGUGCACAGAAUCUCAUGGCUUGAGGAAAAUUUGAGAAAAGAGAACAUUUCCUCAUGCCCUAAGGCAUGGGAUGUCACCUAAGCCAUCACAGGCUGAAAGUAUAUACAUCCCAAGAUAUAUUUAAUAUUUCUUCCUCUUGCUGCUUUUAUUACCUAAUUAAUUUUUUAAAAGCUGUUCCUCAAAUACAAAAUUACCAAAAUAUGUAAUUUGUAAAUUUUAUUACAUUGUUUUAAAAAAUAUGUUUCCAGUUAUAUUGUUAUAAAUUCAGCAGAGGAGGGUAAUAAUAUGAUUAUAAUAAUGGUUAACCAAAGAAGUCAUGGUUAAGCCCUUGCUGUGACCCUUAGAGCAGUGUGAACUUUGGAAGAUGCCUAAACAUUCUAAGUCUUGGAUCGCAUGUCACUAAAAUGACAAAGAUAUUUAUAUAUUUCAAAAGCUACUAUAAAGAUUGAAAAUAUAUGCAUAUACAAAGUCAUAAAUUAUGUGUGUAUGUGUAUGAAUACUGCUUUUGUUAACAGAUGUGGCUUAAGAUAACACUUGUUCAUGUGUUUUUGUUUUCUCUAUAUAUAAUUUUACAUUUUAUAAAUGUAUAGUCUCAAUACAUACAUAUAUGCAUGUAUGUGUUUAUGCAUACACAUAUAUGUACAUAUGCAUACACACAGAUUUCCCCUAUACAUUUACAUACUUAUUUUUCAAUAGACUUUAUUUUUUAGAGCGGUUUUAGGAUUACAGCAAAACUAAGCAGAAAGCACGGAGUUCCCAUGUAACCCCUGAUCCACUCGCCCCACAACACACACAUGUAUAGCUUUCCCCCAGCAUCCUGCAUCAUGGUGGUACACUGGUUAUAAUCAAUGAACCUACACUGACACAUCAUAAUCACCGCAAGUAUAUAGUUUACAUUAGGCUUCACCCUUCGUGUUGUACAUUCUAUCAGUUUUGACAAACAUAUAAUGACGUGUAUCUACCAUUAUCAAAGAAAAUAAUUUCAUCGUCUAAAAAUCCUCUGUGUGCCACCUAUUCAUCCUUCCCUCCCCAUGCAUUUUUAAGCACUAUACAAAGGUAUGGCAUUGAGUUUUCCCUCACGUCUGGGUAGGAAGCAGUAGAAAAUUCAAGUAUAGCCAUAGUUCCACCUCUGUAUCUAGCUGAUAUUUAAUAAGGAAUCCUUUCCCCAAAUGUAUGAACUAUUGUUUACUAAAUAUAUAGUGUACAUUACAAAUAUAUAUUACUAAAAAUGUAUAUAAAUUAUCUUCUGAGUAAAUGCACACUUAUUAAAGUUAACUAAAUUCGUAGUGA